AUGAGUUGUAGGGAGGGGCUUAUGUCACCACAAACAGAGACUAAAGCAGGUGUUGGAUUCAAGGCUGGUGUUAAAGAUUAUAAAUUGACUUAUUAUACUCCUGACUAUGAAACCAAAGAUACUAAUAUCUUGGCAGCAUUCCGAGUAACUCCUCAACCUAGAGUUCCGCCUGAGGAAGCAGGGGCCGUAAUAGUUGUUGAAUCAUCUACUGGUACAUGGACAACUGUGUGGACUGUCGGGCUUACCAGUCUUGAUCAUUAUAAGGGACGAUGCUACGACAUCGAGCCCGUUGUUGGAGAAGAAAAUCAAUAUAUUGCUUAUGUAGCUUACCCCUUAGACCUUUUUGAAGAAGGUUCUGUUACUAACAUGUUUACUUUCAUUGUGGGUAAUGUAUUUGGGUUCAAAGCCCUACGCACUCUAGUUCUUAGCCUGGAAUUCCUGUUUCCACUACUAUUUCUACUUUCACCCAAAAUGUAA